AUGAUAAGAGCCGUUUUUACAAGACUGGGGCACAGCUUGUCUCGCACCCUUGCACCCAGACGACUUGCGAGAUCCAUACAUGCAUCAGCUCUAGCAUCUAUCGACUUGACCACCAGACCUCCUGUUGAUCUUCCAUAUUUGCUAGGCCAGCCCACACAUGAAACUAGGACACAUUACAUACCUCAGCCGGGGAAUUUGACCCCAGGAAUAUCGGCACAAGAAUACUACGAGAGGAGAUUAUCAUUGGCAUCGAAGCUCCCAAAGAACUCCAUUGCUAUCUUAGUAGGUAACACUACACAAUUUUCAUCUGGAAGCGUGUUUUACGAUUUCCAGCAAGAUAACGACUUCUACUACAUGACAGGGUGGUUGGAACCCAACUCAGUGGCUGUAAUUCAGAAGCUAAGUGACGAAGAGGAAGUCCUUUUGCAUAUGUUUGUCCCUCCUAAGGAUCAACUGACCCAGCUCUGGGAGGGAGAAAGACUGGGAGUAGAAGGUGCCAUGGACUUUUUCAAUGCGGACAUGGCCAGUGACAUAUCCACUAUUGGUUCAAGCUUGCUGAAGCUAAUUGACUCCUCGGACUACAUAUUUUGGGACGAUAAGGGCAACAAGUCAAGCGCUGGGAACCCCAAUAGCAAGUUCAAUGAUUUCUUCUCGUUAGGUGCGCUUUCAAGAACUCCAAGGACAAUCCAGGAGUUAGUCAAGCUGCUGAAUAAGGUGGUGAGAUCAUUGACCUCGAUGAUUUCUCAGCAGAGAGAAGUCAAGUCGGAUAGUGAAAUCGAAGUGAUGCACGCGGCCGGUACCAUCUCGUCAAGAGCAAUCAAUAAAGCUAUUGCUAUGGUUGGAUCAGAGUCUCCACCCUACUCAGAGAAAUCGUUGGCCAAAUUCUUGGAAUACCAAUUUGUCCUAGGCGGGUGUGACAAGGAAGCUUACAUUCCUGUAGUAGCAAGUGGAAAGAAUGCACUUACUAUCCACUAUACUAGAAACGAUGAUUUGUUGUACAGAGAUGAAACUGUAUUCAUUGACGCCGGGGGGAAGUUGGGAGGAUACUGCGCUGAUAUUUCUAGAAGUUGGCCCAACUCUCGGAACGGGUUCUCUGAUGCUCAAAGAGACAUCUACCAAGCAGUACUCAAUGUAAAUAAAAAAUGUAUUGACUUGUGCCAUGUUCAAGAUGGAAUCUCUUUGCACGAUAUCCACUUGAAGUCCGUUGAGUACUUGACAGCAGAAUUGAGAAACUUGACUGGAUUUCAAAGUGUAACUCAAAGCCAGGUUUCAAAUGUCCUCUAUCCGCAUUAUAUUGGACACCAUCUUGGGCUUGACCUUCACGAUAUCCCAGGUACUUCCAGAUUCAAGAAAUUAGUUCCCGGAAAUGUUAUUACUAUAGAACCGGGUCUAUACAUUCCUAUGGAUAGCAAAUGGCCAAAGCAUUACCAGGGUAUCGGAGUGAGAGUAGAAGAUGAUAUCGUGGUGGGAACAGAACCUAGUGAAAUAUUGAACCUAAGCAGUGGUUGUGUUAAGGAGAUCGUUGACAUUGAACUGUUGAUUCAUGCUGGAAGGGUGACAACACCUGGUGCGUACGAAGAGUUGGUUGUGCUAGAUAUAUAG